AUGCUGGGACACAAGGGUCGCUGUCAGGUCGUGCUUCUCAUGGGGCAACCCUCCCUGGGGGGCGAGGCGAGAGUCUACCCCGGCUUUCUUGGAGGAGGCGUUGUUGUGGAAGAUCAGCCAGAUGUGAGUGCAGUAUUGUCUGCCUACAAUCAGCAGGGAGACCCAACACUGUAUGAGGAAUACUACAGUGGACUGAAACACUUCAUUGAAUGUUCCCUGGACUGUCAUCGAGCAGAAUUAUCUCAGCUCUUUUAUCCUCUCUUUGUGCACAUGUACUUGGAAUUGGUCUACAAUCAACAUGAGAGUGAAGCAAAGUCUUUUUUUGAAAGAUUUCAUGGGGAUCAGGAGUGCUAUUACCAGGAUGACCUGCGUGUAUUAUCUAGCUUAACCAAAAAAGAACAUAUGAAAGGUAACGAGACCAUGCUGGAUUUCCGAACAAGCAAGUUUGUGCUGCGUAUUUCCCGUGACUCUUACCAACUCUUGAAGAGGCAUCUUCAGGAAAAGCAGAACAAUCAGAUCUGGAACAUUGUUCAGGAACAUCUUUACAUUGAUAUCUUUGACGGAAUGCCUCGCAGUAAACAACAGAUAGAUGCUAUGGUUGGAAGCUUGGCUGGGGAGGCAAAACGAGAGGCUAAUAAAGCAAAGGUUUUCUUUGGCUUAUUGAAAGAACCAGAGUUCGAUGUGCCUUUGGAUGAUGAAGAUGAAGAAGGAGAAAAUGAGGAAGGAAAGCCAAAGAAGAAAAAACCCAAAAAAGACAGUGUAGGAUCAAAAAGUAAAAAACAAGACCCUAAUGCUCCUCCCCAAAACAGAAUUCCUCUGCCUGAACUGAAAGACUCUGACAAGCUGGAUAAAGUAAUGAAUAUGAAGGAAGCUGCAAGGCGCGUGCGUCUUGGCCCAGAGUGCCUGCCCUCCAUCUGUUUCUACACGUUCCUUAAUGCUUACCAGGGUCUGACUGCAGUGGAUAUUACAGAUGACUCUAGCAUGAUUGUAGGAGGUUUUGCUGACUCUACUGUCAGAGUCUGGUCCGUGACUCCGAAAAAGCUACGUAGUGUGAAAACAGCAGCAGACCUCAGUCUCAUCGACAAAGAAUCAGACGAUGUCUUGGAGAGGAUCAUGGAUGAGAAAACAGCAAGUGAGUUGAAGAUUUUAUAUGGUCACAGUGGACCUGUCUAUGGCACCAGCUUCAGUCCUGAUAGGAAUUACCUGUUGUCCUGUUCUGAGGAUGGCACUGUCAGAUUGUGGAGUCUCCAAACAUUCACAUGUUUGGUGGGCUAUAAAGGACACAACUACCCAGUAUGGGAUACACAGUUCUCUCCUUAUGGUUAUUACUUUGUGUCAGGAGGACAUGACAGAGUGGCUCGACUGUGGGCAACAGAUCACUACCAGCCUUUACGGAUAUUUGCUGGCCAUCUUGCUGAUGUGACGUGUACCCGAUUUCAUCCAAACUCUAACUAUAUUGCCACGGGCUCAGCAGACAGGACUGUACGGCUCUGGGAUGUUUUGAAUGGAAAUUGUGUAAGAAUAUUCACUGGACAUAAGGGACCAAUUCAUUCAUUGGCAUUUUCUCCCAAUGGACGAUUCCUGGCUACUGGAGCAACAGAUGGAAGAGUUCUGCUGUGGGAUAUUGGACAUGGCUUGAUGGUUGGAGAAUUGAAAGGGCACACUGACACUAUCUACGCGCUCAGAUUCAGUAGAGAUGGGGAGAUUUUAGCAUCAGGUUCAAUGGAUAACACAGUUCGCCUGUGGGAUGCUGUGAAAGCAUUUGAAGAUUUAGAAACGGAUGACUUUACUACUGCCACUGGACAUAUAAACUUGCCUGAAAACUCCCAGGACUUGUUACUAGGUACAUACAUGACCAAAUCAACUCCUGUUGUACACCUCCAUUUUACACGCAGAAACUUGCUGCUGGCUGCGGGAGCCUACAGUUCACAGUGAAUUGGGAAGCUGUGAGAAUGCCUGUGCCAAGCCAUUGCAGUAGCAACCUCAGGAUGGGAGAAGAGGAAGAACGUCUUGUACAGGUGGACCCCACUAGUUUGUUGCAGGAAAAACAAAACUAUGUAAACUAAUGCAAGCAGUGUCUUCUCAGUUCUGCUGUUUCAUAUUUAUCCACAGUUUGAAAAUGCUGGAGAUUGACAAGACAUCGUGGCUGUAAAAGGAAGGAAUUGUUCAUGGUGCUUUUGAUA